AACCACACCUUUACGCUGGGUACGUCCAUCAAAACCUAUAAAAGGACGCACUGAUUUGGGUGAGUUUGGCAGAAGAGCUGCAGCAUCACAGAAGAAAAGCUCUCCUGCAGAAGAUCUGGACUGUAGGUGACCAUGGCCGAGAGAGAAGCUGGAGAUACGGCGUCUGAAACUGAGGAACGCCCAAAAUGGGACAAUAAGAUCCAGUACCUGCUGACCUGUAUUGGAUUCGCAGUGGGUUUGGGGAACGUGUGGAGAUUUCCCUACCUGUGCCAAAUCUACGGAGGAGGGGCGUUUCUGAUCCCGUACCUGGUGGCGCUGGUGUUUGAGGGUCUGCCGCUGCUGUAUCUGGAACUGGCCAUCGGACAGAGUCUCAGAAAGGGCAGCAUCGGCGUGUGGAACUCCAUCUCACCUUACCUGGGGGGAGUCGGUAUGGCCUCCAUGGCCGUCUCCUUCCUGGUGGGUCUGUUCUACAACACCAUCCUGGCCUGGGUUCUCUGGUAUUUCUUCAACUCCUUCCAGGAUCCACUGCCGUGGAGCCAAUGUCCCCUCGACGAAAGCCAAACAAGUUAUGUGGAGGAAUGUGCUCAGGGAACUCCGGUGAAUUAUUUCUGGUACAGGAAGACUCUCAACAUCACCCCAAAUAUCGAGAAUAACGGCUCACUGCAGUGGUGGCUGGUGCUCUGCCUGGCCACGGCCUGGAGUAUCGUCUACAUCUGCUUCAUCAGGGGCAUAGAGACCAUCGGAAAGGCCGUGUACGUAACAGCUACCUUUCCAUACCUGGUACUGACCAUCUUCCUGGUGAGGGCUCUCACCCUUCCUGGAGCUACAGACGGACUGGUGUAUCUUUUCACCCCAGAUUGGCAGGUCCUGUUAAAUCCUCAGGUGUGGCUGGACGCUGCCACUCAGAUCUUCUUCUCUCUGUCUCUGGCUUUCGGAGGUCUGAUCGCCUUCUCCAGCUACAACCCCAAAAAGAAUAACUGUGAGAGGGACGCGGUGUUGGUGGGCUGCAUUAACAGCGCCACCUCCCUCUACGCCUCCAUACCCAUAUUCGCCAUCCUGGGCUUCAAAGCCACCAACAACAACAACAACUGCUUCAACAGCAACAUCCUCAAACUGACCAACGAGUUCAAUAUCGCUGACCAGAACAUAACGAUGGAUAACUACGACAUGUGGCUGGAGAACUUAAACUCCUCAUAUCCAGAGAGAGUGGCUAAUCUAACGCUCAGACACUGCAGCCUGGACAGGUUCCUGGACCAGAGUGCGUCAGGGACGGGUUUGGCCUUCAUCGUCUUCACGGAGGCCGUGAUAGAGAUGCCAGGCUCUCAGGUGUGGGCGGUGCUGUUCUUCGUCAUGCUCUUCAGUCUGGGCCUGUCCUCCAUGUUUGGAAAUCUGGAGGGGGUCCUGACGCCACUGCUGGACCUCAACAUGGUGCCCAAGUGGAUGCCCAAAGAACUCUUCACCGCUGUAAUCUGUGUGAUCAGCUUCCUGGUGGCUCUGAUCUUCACCAUGGGUUCAGGGAACUACUGGCUGGAGAUCUUUAACAGCUACGUGGGCUCAGUCCCUCUCCUCAUCAUCGCCUUCUUCGAGAUCACCUCUGUAGUCCUGUUCUACGGCAUGAACCGAUUCAGUGACGAUAUCGAGUACAUGACGGGUCGGAGGCCCAACUGGUUCUGGAAGAUCUGCUGGAUGGGGAUCAGCCCUAUCAUGCUGCUGGUCGUGCUGGUGGCCUACAUCGUCAUUCAGGGACAGGUGCAGCCCACCUACCCCACCUGGAACCCGGAUUACGCUCUGUUCCCGGAGUCGGAGGUGAACCCGUACCCCGACUGGGUUUUCUCCAUCUGUGUUCUCCUGUCGGCGGUGCCGGUGCUGCCGAUCCCCAUCGUGGCUCUGUACCACCUCUGCAGACGCCUCUGUAACAAAAACCACCACAAGGAGCAGCACCUGCCGCCUCCCAACCCCUACAGCAACAUGGCCUUCGACCCCGACACAUAGACGGACCCAGGAGGAUCAGGACUGUACAGAGAGAGAGCCGGACCGCCACACCGAGGGGGUUCUGCCUUUCUCAGAGGGGGUUUGAUGGGACCAGUUCCACCGUCAGUCGCUGAGACGCUAAUGAUAUGAAAAUUCCCCACACAUUCCUCAACAGAGGAUCGGAAAGGAAAUGCUAACACAACCGCUGUGUUUAUUUAUUUAUAUUGAUAAUUCCCACUGUUUUUUUGGUUUUUUUGGUAAUUCCCCUUGUUGAAGGAAAAACAGGCUCAGGGCAUUUUCUUAGAAGACAUGAAUAAAAAUAAAAUAAUAUAAACUAAAUGCAAGAUGCACGUUUCACGUGUGUGUAUGGUGAAAAAAAAUGCUUUUAUGGCUCAUAUAAUUAAAAUUAACCUUUUAAAAAAGUGAAAAAAGAUGUGGAAAUAAAUCACAUGGUUUUCUCACACUCCACAUGUGAUUUGAUGUGUGACUUCUAUAUAGAACCAUCGACACUCCAAGAACCCACUGCACGAUUUACGGGUUCUUUGCAUGGUGAAAGGGUCCUUUAGGUUGAUGGAGAAUGUGCUGUAAUUGUACAGCUCCACUACUGUUUACACACUUACAUAGUUCUAUAUAGAACCAAAAGGUCGUUCUUUGGGCUGUUACAACGGCAGAACCCUUUUUCGUGCUAUUUAGAACCCUUUUUCAAAAAGGUUCCGUAAUAGAACCAUAUACAGCACAUUGUCCAUCAAUCGGGUGAACCUUUUCA